AGCCAAGCAAUCAGGAGGUUUGUUGGCGAAGAUUGGUUCGCCCAACGAACGCUUCAACGGCAUAAUUUCCCGGCCAAAAAAACAGUGCUCACGAUGGUUAACUGAAGGAGGAGGAGGAGGAGGAGGAGGAGGAGGAGGAGGAACAAAACGAAAUAGAGAGAGGAUCGAAUUAGGGGUGCGUUUUGUUUGUGUUACCGAGGUGGUCCUCAGGUGUUAAGAUCUGAGGGAAGAUUUUUCUUUUUCUUUUCUUUUCUUUUCCUUUUUUUUUUCCGUUUUUUAGUUUUCUUUGGGGAAUUGGGAAAAGUGAUUGAAAAAUGAGCGCUUCAAGGUUUAUCAAGUGCGUGACGGUUGGUGACGGAGCUGUGGGUAAAACUUGUCUGCUUAUUUCUUACACCAGCAAUACCUUCCCUACGGAUUAUGUGCCAACUGUUUUCGACAAUUUCAGUGCAAAUGUGGUUGUCAAUGGCAGCACUGUUAACCUGGGCUUGUGGGAUACUGCAGGACAGGAGGAUUAUAACAGAUUAAGACCUCUAAGUUACCGUGGGGCAGAUGUUUUCAUAUUGGCAUUCUCUCUUAUUAGCAAGGCCAGUUACGAAAAUGUGUCCAAAAAGUGGAUACCAGAGUUGAAACAUUAUGCCCCAGGUGUCCCAAUAGUUCUCGUUGGAACAAAGCUUGAUCUCCGGGAUGAUAAACAAUUCUUUAUUGACCACCCCGGUGCUGUGCCUAUUACUACUGCUCAGGGAGAGGAGCUGAGGAAGCUGAUCGGUGCGCCUGCUUAUAUUGAGUGCAGCUCAAAGACACAGCAGAAUGUGAAGGCAGUAUUUGAUGCCGCCAUCAGAGUUGUCCUUCAACCACCCAAAACAAAGAAAAAGAAGAACAAAGCACAGAAAGCUUGCUCCAUAUUGUGAUUGCUAUGGAGCUGAAAGGAUAUGAUGGCACUGUGUUCUCCUUGUCUCUUCCCUUAGCUCUUGCAGAUACUAGAGGCUCUGAAUUGUCUUGACUGAUGACAAUACUCAGCAUCUCUGGGAAGCAUCCAGUGGUUUCGUACUGCAUUCUUGGAAUUAUUUUGGUCUCUAAUUGUUGAAACCCGUUACAUGAUUGUCCAACUUUUUCUAGACUCCCGGUUUUGAUAUGUUUUUAUGUAUUAAUGGACUGGAACAUCCCAGUUAGGAAAGCAUCCUUUUGUUGCAUUGACUCUCUUAUAUUUAUAGCUCUGUAUUGAUCUUAAAGGUUUAGCUAUGUUUGUGGUUUCCAACUUCUGAGUGUAGUAGUUCCUUAUUCAACGUUUGCUGGUUUGUGAUA